AUGGAGAGAUCUUUGCUACUUUUGACAUCCUUGUGUCACUUAGAAACAAUAAUUGAUAUUAACUUGAUUAAUCCACAGGUGCUUUACUGGUUAUCUGGUCUUACAUGUACAGAUGAAAAUUUCAUCAUUAAGUCUGGAGCUCAACGUGCUGCUUCUAGUGAGGGCAUCGCUCUGAUUGCCCCUGAUACAUCUCCAAGAGGGCUAAAUGUCGAAGGAGAGGCUGAUAGCUAUGACUUUGGUGUAGGCGCGGGGUUCUAUUUGAAUGCUACACAAGAGAAAUGGAAGAAUUGGCGUAUGUAUGAUUAUGUUGUUAAGGAGUUGCCUGAACUCCUGAAAGAGAAUUUCCCACAACUUGACACAACAUGUGCAUCAAUAUCAGGGCAUUCAAUGGGGGGGCAUGGGGCGUUGACUAUAUACCUGAAGAACCUUGACAAAUAUAAGACGGCAUCUGCCUUUGCACCAAUUGUGAAUCCAAUUAACUGCCCUUGGGGCCAGAAAGCUUUCAGUAACUAUCUGGGAGGAAAUAAGGCAGACUGGGAGGAAUAUGAUGCUACUUGCUUGAUUUCAAAGUUCCAUGAUCUUUCUGCAUCCAUACUAAUUGAUCAGGGGACAGAUGACAAAUUCUUGCAUGAUCAAUUGUUGCCGAACAAAUUUCAAGAGGCUUGUGAGAAGGUCAAUGCACCACUUUUGUUGCGACUCCAGCCUGGAUAUGACCAUUCCUAUUUCUUCAUUGCUACUUUCAUUGAUGAUCACAUCAGCCACCAUGCUCAAGCCUUGAAGUUAUAACUCUGUAUUUCGAGAAUCUAGUGUGAGUGUGUGACUACUUACGUUAUGUAUUGCUGUUAAAAUCAUGUUGGAAUCAAUUUUGCCUUAGCUGAAAGGUGAAGGAUAAGUGUCAUGGAUAGAAUGUCAAUAAGAAAUGUCAUGUAUGUUUUCAUAUGUGAUUGUGUCUGUUAUGGAUUCAUGCCCACUUUUGAAAGUGCCAAAAUCUAUGCUUUUAAACCCUAAAA